GGUUUUAGGCAUGCCAUGACCAUGGCCUUUGCUAUUGAUGAGAUCAACAAGAACUCCAAUCUGCUACCUAAUGUGACUCUGGGAUACAGUCUUGCUGAUAACUGUGGUGCACUUGUUGUUGGAUUCAGUAGUGCAUUAUCACUGGCAAGUGGCAGAGAAGAGCAAUUUCUGCUUUGGAAGAACUGUUCAGGGACACCUCCUGUCCUGGGUAUUGUGGGUGAUUCCCCCUCUACAUUUUCUAUUGCCACCUCCAAUGUGCUAGGUUUAUACAAAAUGCCCAUUGUAAGUUAUUUUUCCACAUGUUCCUGCCUGAGUGAUCGGCAACGGUUUCCAUCCUUCUUUAGAACAAUUCCAAGUGAUGCUUUUCAGGUGCGUGCUAUGAUUCAGAUUCUAAAACACUUUGGCUGGACUUGGGUAGGCCUGCUGGUCAGUGAUGAUGACUAUGGACUCCAUGUUGCUCGAUCCUUCCAAUCUGACCUGGCUCAGUCUGGUGAAGGUUGUCUGGCAUACUUACAAGUUUUACCGUGGGACAGUGACCCAAGUGAACUGAGGAGGAUUGUACAUUUGAUAAAGACAUCAACAGCUCGUGUGGUCAUGGUGUUUGCACAUGAGUUUCACAUGAUUCAUCUCAUGGAAGAGGUGGUGAUGCAGAAUGUAACAGGCCGGCAGUGGAUAGCCAGUGAAGCUUGGACAUCAGCUGCUGUGCUCCAGACACCCCGCAUCAUGCCGUACCUAAGCGGCACAUUAGGCAUCGCCAUCCGUCGAGGAGAAAUACCAGGGCUUAGGGAAUUCCUUUUACAAAUACGUCCUGACCAAAAUGACAGCAACAACUAUAAUUUGGUGAGGCAGUUUUGGGAAUCCACAUUUCAGUGUAGAUUUGAUCCAGCGGGUUCAGUGGAAGCAGAGGGACCACUAUUUUACACUCCACCUCUUGUACAUUAUUUACAAAAGGUCCACUUUACCACACCAUUUGGUGAUGAAGUCUCAUUUGAUGAGAAUGGUGAUGCCUUACCAAUAUAUGAUAUUGUCAACUGGCUGUGGCUCCCUGAUGGAAGAACUAAAGUUGAGAAUGUGGGUGAGGUUAAGAGGUCAGACUCCAAAGUUGAAGAACUCACAAUUGAUGAAGACAAAAUCUCCUGGAACUUUGCAUUUAAAGAGCCACCCCGGUCAGUGUGCAGUGAGAACUGUCCUCCAGGAACCCGCAUGGCCAGAAAGAAAGGGGAACCUGUGUGCUGUUUUGACUGCAUUCCUUGUUCUGAGGGAAAGAUCAGCAAUAAAACUGACUCCAUGGAGUGCAGCAGUUGUCCAGAGGACUUCUGGUCUGGCCCUCAGCGUGACCAAUGUGUUCCUAAGAAAACAGAGUUCCUCUCCUACAAUGAGCCUCUGGGUAUCUGCUUGACAGCUGCCUCAUUGCUGGGCACAUUUAUCUGUGCUGUUGUCCUGGGGAUCUUUAUCCAUCAUCGCAGCACACCCAUUGUUCGCGCCAAUAAUUCAGAACUGAAGAUUUUUCCUGGCCUCUUGGUGUCACUUAAAAACUGUGUUUUCCUGUGUUCACUGCUGUUUAUCGGCCGUCCCAGGCUAUGGACAUGCCAGCUGAGACAUGCAGCAUUUGGGAUCAGCUUUGUGCUUGCUGUCUCAUGUAUUCUGGUGAAAACCAUGGUAGUUCUGGCUGUGUUCAAGGCUUCCAAGCCAGGAGGUGGAACCAGUCUGAAGUGGUUUGGUGCUAUGCAGCAGAGAGGGACAGUUCUGGUUCUUACUUCCAUCCAGGCAAUAAUUUGCACCGCUUGGCUUGUCUCUUCCUCACCAGCUCCUCAUAAAAACACUCAAUACUACAAUGACAAGAUCGUUUAUGAGUGUGUAGUCGGGUCUACCAUUGCUUUUGCAGUGUUACUAGGCUAUAUUGCCUUACUGGCUAUCCUUAGCUUCCUGUUAGCAUUUCUGGCAAGGAAUCUUCCAGACAACUUCAAUGAGGCCAAGUUUAUCACUUUCAGCAUGCUGAUUUUCUGUGCUGUGUGGGUGGCCUUUGUCCCAGCUUAUGUCAACUCACCAGGAAAAUAUGCAGAUGCAGUGGAGGUAUUUGCCAUCCUGGCCUCCAGUUUUGGUCUCUUGGUAGCACUGUUUGGACCCAAAUGUUACAUAAUCCUGCUGAGACCAGAGAGAAACACAAAGAAAGCAAUCAUGGGUCGAGGACCCACCAACUCAUAA